UCUCUCUCAACAGCGCUGAGAGAGCAAAGGAACUGCAGCCCGCCAUUGUGUAGAAACCAAGCUCUAUAGAGAGACAGGGGCACUUGGCUAACUCUCGAAUAGACAUUUCCUACACCCUGCCGCAUUAAUUAAUAACUAAAUUUAAUACGCAGGCCCCAGGGAGAAAGAAAUGUCAGCCAGCAGCCUUCUUGAACAGAGACCGAAAGGCCAAGGAAAUAAAGUGCAAAACGGAGCUGUAAACCAAAAGGACACUUUAAAUGAUGAUGAGUUUGAGCCGUACCUGAACACUCAGGCCAGACAGAGCAAUGCCUAUACGGCCAUGUCGGACUCCUACAUGCCCAGCUACUACAGCCCCUCCAUAGGGUUCUCCUAUUCGCUGAACGAGGCGGCCUGGUCGACCGGCGGCGACCCCCCCAUGCCUUACCUGGCCUCCUAUGGACAGCUGAGCAAUGGGGAGCCCCACUUCCUGCCAGACGCCAUGUUUAGCCAGGCGGGGGCACUGAGCAGCAACCCUUUCCUGGGGCAGCAUGGGUUCAACUUCUUCCCCAGCGGCAUUGAUUUCUCGGCCUGGGGCAGCAGCAGUUCUCAGGGACAGUCCACGCAGAGCUCGGGCUACAGCAGCAGCUACGCCUAUGCCCCCAGUUCCCUAGGGGGCGCCAUGAUUGACGGACAGUCUCCCUUUGCUGCCAACGAGCCUCUCAACAAGGCCCCGGGGAUGAACAGCCUGGAUCAGGGCAUGGCAGGGCUUAAGAUUGGCGCUGGGGACAUGGCACCUAAAGUGGUGGGAUCCAGUCUCCCUGGGGGGCCCCUCAACCAGGUGACUGGUGCCCCUAGCAUGCCCCCCGUGUCCAUCGCACCAGCCAAGCCUGCCUCCUGGGCGGACAUCGCCAGCAAGCCAGCCAAACCGCAGCCCAAGCUGAAAACCAAGGGUGGUGUGGGUGGGACUAACCUGCCCCCUCCCCCCAUCAAACACAACAUGGACAUUGGCACCUGGGACAACAAAGGGACCAUGCCCAAAGCAUCCACGCCCCAGCAGGCAACCAUCCCCAGCAACGGCCAGCCACCCAACCAGGCUUCCCCUCAGCCCGGUGCUACUGCCGGAGGGGGACCACAGCUGCCCCUCACCAAUGGACAGCUGGCGCCCCCUGCUGCCCAGCUCGGGCAGCACCAGCAGCCCCCACCUGGCCAGCAGGGGAUGGGCCAGCCGCCGCUCCCACAGGGACAGCCCUCUGCCCAGCCUGCUCCGCCCACCCGCUGGGUGCCGCCUCGUAACCGUGCCAACGGGUUUGGGGACGCCGGCAGCGGGGCUGGUCAGUCCCCUCCCAACUCUGGGGUGGGCGGGGUGCCGGUGCCCCUGGAGCCGCACCCGAUCCUGGAGAAGCUGCGGCUGGUCAACAACUACAACCCCAAGGACUUUGACUGGAACCCCAAGCAAGGGCGGGUGUUCAUCAUCAAGAGCUACUCGGAGGACGACAUCCACCGCUCCAUCAAGUACAACAUCUGGUGCAGCACGGAGCACGGCAACAAGCGGCUGGACGCUGCCUACCGCUCGCUGGCCGCCAAGGGCCCGCUGUACCUGCUGUUCAGCGUGAACGGCAGCGGGCACUUCUGCGGCGUGGCCGAGAUGCGCUCGCCCGUGGACUACAACACCUGUGCCGGCGUCUGGUCGCAGGACAAGUGGAAGGGCCGCUUCGACGUGCGCUGGAUCUUUGUCAAGGACGUCCCCAACAGCCAGCUCCGGCACAUCCGUCUGGAGAACAACGAGAAUAAGCCGGUCACCAACUCACGGGACACGCAGGAGGUGCCCCUGGACAAGGCCAGGCAGGUGCUGAAGAUCAUCGCCAGCUACAAGCACACCACCUCCAUCUUUGACGACUUCUCCCACUACGAGAAGCGCCAAGAGGAGGAGGAGAGUGUCAAAAAGGUCGAAGUUCAAGGAAGCGAUCCCUACACCGGUAACCCCAGCAGGAGCCAUUACAGACUGCAGGAGCGCCAAGGACGUGUCAAGUAACCGUCAUCGCUCCUGGCAAUAGACUGCGAUGACCCCCCCCCUGACUUCUCCCCUACAUCCAGAUCUUUUCAGAAAUUCAAAUGGAAAAAAAAAUUAACCAGGGACACAAAAGAAAAAAAACUAAAUGAAGACUCUUUCUUGAUUUCUGUUGACUUUAAAGACUUACUUUGAACUUGUAGUAAAAAAAAGAAACAAUUAUUCAUAGGACUACAAAAAACUUAAAGCGAUUCUAUAGCAUCCUUAGGUGAACCAGUCAUUUUCUUUUUUGCCCGCCCACCCACCCCACUUAUCUCCCUUCCCCAUCACCGCAUAUUUUUCCUCAUUUGCUUUUUCUUUUUUCCAUCUCCUUUUUUUUUUUAAUAAACCUUUUGUUUUUACAGUCCAAAAGCAAGGCUUUACUUCGUUCUCAAAAAAAAAACCUAGAAUGGAAAAUUUAGUGCUGGCUGCUAGUGCCUGCAGCUGAAAGGGGGCAGUUUUUUUUUUUUCUUUUUUCAUUUUUGUACCUCUUACCCCCACUCCCCAACCCCCGUUGUGGGGAGACUUGUUUGUCCAAAUGGGAUAUGGAAUGGGAUCUCCAUCUCAAUGGAUAGUGCAUCGUGGAUACACCAAGAAUAUUGCUUCACAAUUGUCAUCGCCUUCCAAAAUGUUCCUUCUGCCUAUCCCCCCACCCCCCUUUCAAAAAAAAAAAAUAUGGAGGAAAGCUAUUGAAUGUUCAGGGUCCUAAGUUUAUUUUUAUUGUAUUGGGGGGGUGGGGACUGAAAGCAAAUCUAAAGAAUUGUUAAGUUAGUCUUGGUCCUGUAUGAUUUAAUAGUGUAUAAAUGGGCUGUGUUCUGCUGUCUUUUGAGAAAACACUUUUUUCUCUUGUUGCUAUGGGCUGCUCUUUCCUUUAUCAUUUUUGUUUCUUCCUCCAUUUAAGUCAACAGUGAGACGGGCCUGGCACCUCUCUCUAUUAAUCAGUUCAGCGUAAUAAAUGUGACAUCAUACUCCGCAGACCCCGUGUGUGCUCUCCCCUCGUUUGACAGUAAGCACGCGUGUCAUGCAGCACAUUUUAGUUUUCUUACCAAGAAGAAGUGAAUGUGUUACAAUCCACGACCCGUACCUGAGUCUGUCGCACCUUCUCCUCCAUGAUAACCCCACCCCACCACUUCACACCUUCACCACCUGACUCGCAGGGUCUUCUUUUCAAAACAUUGGCUUUUAUCGGUGGCAUAAUAAAGAUGCUGCAUAAAGGAAGUCUUGUGAUUUUCUUUUUCAGCUUAUGGCCAUCUAGAACAAUGCUGGGGAUCGGUUACUUCGGGCCGCAAAGCCAUGGAGGCUGCUUGAGCAUUUCCAUUCUUUCGCAGUCCUUAGAAAUUGUUUAUGCAAUUAUGGGGUGCGACAAUUAAACCCCCCACCCACCAGUAAUCCUACAAAUGUGAGGGACUUGAAACAUAAUCACAGAGCCUGCAGUACCCCCUUGAGGACUGGUGUUGACCUCCUGUGGCCCCAGAAAUGUCAUUGAGGAGCCUUGCAAACUGCCUGCAUGCAAUAGCUGCAAGUGAAAUGUGCAUCUCAGGAGUGAUUAAACUCAUGCUUAAUGUAGAAGGCCAGCUGUGGCUAGCUGUGUCAUUGAUUAAUCUGAAUCCACUGUUUUGAGGACUGGAGAAACUGGGAUGCUGAAUAUCCCCACUGUAUAGUUCUGGCAGUGAAGAUAAUUCACUAAUAUAACC